AGCCUGGAGCCUUGCCCGAGCCCAAGCGACUAAGCGCAUCAAGCCAUGCUGGACCUGAUCACCAUCUUCUCAGCCGUGGGGUUGCAGCAGGAGCUGGGUGCGGAGGGUCGCACGAAGGAUCUCGUGAUUCGUCCUGAAGACUCGUCAGAGGGCAGCUUUGUGGAGGAAGCUGCGGGGCAACUUGCGGCUGUCUUCGACCGCCUUGACACUGUUUUGGCCCAGGGCGUCAGCGCCAUCAUCGGUGACGGAUCUGAGAAGGAGCCGGCCAUGCCAGAGAAGAAGCUUUGAGCAGCGCAUAGCUCUGGAUUCGGAGCUCGCUUCCCUUGGCGCUGCUUGCUCGAUACAUUGCUUCACGCCUGGCUGUACAUAGAUCCCACAAGCAGAGUGACUCAGAGUGGUAGAGCGCACCAUCAGGG